AUGGCACAGACCAAUGGGGAGUUGGAGCACUCGAAAGGUGUGUAUUGGCCCUGGAACCCGGUGUUGAUCAAGCUCCAAUUGAACACAUGGGUUCCGGAGGCUCCUCAAGCUUCUCAAGAGAUCAACAAUGGCGAUGCCCUCGAGGGCACACAGGAGGAGGACCUCUCAGGUGGUCUUUUCCAGAUUUCCGUGAAGCUUCCUCAUGCGCCUCAUAAGAUUCAAGUGAUGGUAUCCAACCAAGAACAGGUGCAGGAUGUCCGCCAAUCUAUUGUCGAGCUACCGGGAACCUUCCAAUACACUUGCUUCCACCUCGAGUUCAACGGAAACCGUAUCAACGAUUUUGUUGAGCUGUCCGAGGUCGAGGGUCUCGAGGCCGACUCCGAGAUCGUUUUGGUGGAGGACCCUUACACCGAGAAGGAGGCCCGCAUGCAUGUUGUCCGGAUCAGGGAGCUUAUUGGUGCUUCUGGUGACCGAGUUGACAACCUGCAUGGUAUUUCCGCUGGCCUGUCGUUGCACGACGCUAUUUCCGCGGAAGCUACCAAGGCCACUGCUUCGGAGAAGGACCACUCGCUCUCCUCAUAUGACUUGACUGGAGUUUCGUCCCUCCAGACUAUCCUGCCUACCGCACAGGCUCCUCUACCCAAGACAGUGAAGUCAAUUUCGUUGUCUUCGUGGAACCCUGUUCCUUACAACCUCCGCCAGAAGGGUCACUUGCUUUACCUCGUGGUCUCCACCCUCGAGGGUGAACAGUUCCAGAUCACUGCUCAUGUGUCUGGCUUCUUCGUGAACAAGAACUCGAACAUCCGAUUCGAACCUUUCCCGAAGUCAAUUCACCCCAAGAAGGGCAGCGCUCACUCGCUGCUUACUUUAAUCUCUCAACUCUCGCCUUCGUUCAGCGCCGCCUUCGAGGCUUUGCAGGAAUACAACAACGAGAAGGAUCUCUUGACCACUUUCCCCUUCCAAAAUGCUAUUCCCAACAGCCCCUGGCUCAUCUCCCCUAGCACUGCCAGUUUGAACGCCCACCAGCCUGAUAUCACCCGUUCGCAGGAGAACUACUUGAUCUCUGGUGUUGAUAACGCCGAGACACUGCGUGACUGGAACGAGGAGUUCCAGACCACCCGCGAGCUCCCCCGUGAGUCUGUCCAAGACCGCGUGUUCCGUGAGCGAUUGACUUCCAAGCUCUUCGCCGAUUACAAUGAGGCCGCUGCUCGCGGUGCAGUCUUGGUUGCCCGGGGUGAGGUUGCUCCUCUGAACCCCACUGAGGCGCGGGACGCCCAGAUCUUCGUUUACAACAACAUCUUCUACUCCUUCGGUGCUGAUGGCGUUGGGACUUUCACCUCCGAGGGUGGUGACGAGGCCGCACGCGUCGCCGUGGGCAAAGAUGUUCUUGGUAUCAAGGCUGUCAACCAGCUUGACAUCGAUGGACUCUUCACCCCUGGAACUGUGGUGGUCGACUACCUGGGCAAGCGUAUUGUGGGCCAGAGUAUUGUCCCUGGUAUCUUCAAGCAGCGCGAGCCCGGUGAGCACCAGAUUGACUACGGUGGUGUUGAGGGUAAGGAGAUUGUGGCCACCCACGCCGACUUUGUUCCGGUCUUCGAGAAGCUCUCGAAGGCGCUGCGCAUCAAGCAGCACCCAGUCUGGGACAAGGAUAACAAGCGCCACGAACUCGAAGGCAGUGUUGAGACCAAGGGCCUUCUUGGUACUGACGGCAGGAAAUACGUUUUGGACCUGUACCGCGUGGCCCCUAUCGAUGUUGAGUGGCAGCAAGAGGAUGGCAGCGAUGCCUACCCUCACCGCAUGUCCGUCCUCAGAUUGGAAUUGAUUGAGUCUUACUGGCGCCACAAGAUGAGCCAGUACGUCAAGGCUGAGGUCGAGAGCCGUAAGGCCGCCAGUGCCGAGGCGUCUAAGGAUGGCAAGCCCGAGGAGGAGACCGCGGAACAGGAGCGGGUUGAUAUCUCUGGAUUCAAACUGGCUCUUAACCCCGAUGUCUUCAGUGGCCAGGUCCCCCAGACCAAGGAGGAGAAGGAGCAGUGGGCGCAGGAUGAGCAGGAAGUCCGGGACGCUUGCGAUCACCUCCGAUCCAAGGUCAUUCCCGAUCUGCUCAAGGACCUUCACGAUGGCGACGUCGGCUUCCCUAUGGAUGGCCAAUCGCUGACCCAGCUUUUGCACAAGCGCGGUAUCAACCUGCGUUACCUCGGAAAGUUGGCUGAACAGUCCACUGAGAAGGGACCCCGCCUCAAGGCCCUGUCUAUCCUCCUGGUUCAGGAGAUGAUUACUCGUGCCUUCAAGCAUAUUGCCAACCGCUACCUGAGCAAUGUCCCCGCUCCUUUCGUCGCUCCUUGCCUUUCUCACCUGCUGAACUGUCUGCUCGGCGCUGAUGUCAACGCCACCCCCAAGGCCGAGAUUGACGAACAGAUGCGCAAGAUCUUCCCCGAGGGUGAUUUCUCCUUCGAGCAGGUCACCCCGGAGUCCCUCCGAACCGAGAUCGAGAAGCAGGUCGCCACUCGCUUCCGCUUCUCCCUCGAGAAGGACUGGACCAGCUCCCUCAGACACUUGCAGCUUUUGCGUGAUAUCUCAAUCAAGUUGGGUCUCCAGCUUGGUGCUCGUGACUUCGCCUUCGCCAAGGAUCAAGUCAAGGAGCAGAUCGUUGUCCCCGUCACUAACGGCGCUACUCACGAAGAGCCCAAGAAGAAGGGCAACAAGAAGAAGGGUGGUGACAAGCAGUCGCCUAAUCGCACCCCUGCGCCAGCUAAGCCCGCUACCACUUUCACCGCCGAUGAUAUUCUGAACGUCGUUCCUUUGGUUCGCGAUGCCUCUCCCCGUAGUGCACUGGCAGAGGAGGCCCUGGAGGCCGGCCGUAUUUCUCUCAUGCAGAACCAGAAGCAGUUGGGCCAGGAGCUCAUUCUGGAGUCUCUGUCUCUGCACGAGCAGAUCUACGGUAUUCUGCACCCCGAGGUCGCCAAGCUCUACCACCAGCUUUCUAUGCUGUACUACCAGACUGAUGAAAAGGAGGCUGCCGUGGAACUAGCCCGCAAGGCUGUCAUCGUCACUGAGCGCACCAUGGGUGUGGACUCUGCCGACACUAUCCUGAGCUACCUCAACCUGAGUCUGUUUGAGCAUGCCUCCGGUAACACCAAAACCGCCCUGGUGUACAUCAAGCAUGCCAUGGAUAUCUGGAAGAUCAUCUAUGGUGCUAACCACCCCGACUCCAUCACCACCAUGAACAACGCCGCCGUGAUGCUGCAACACCUCAAGCAGUACACGGACUCUCGCAAGUGGUUCGAGGCUUCUCUCGCCAUCUGCGAGAACCUGUUCGGCAAGGAUUCUAUUAACACUGCCACCAUUCUCUUCCAGUUGGCCCAAGCCCUUGCCCUGGAUCAGGACUCCAAGGCCGCCGUCGGUAAGAUGCGCGAGGCGUACAACAUCUUCCUCGCCCAGCUGGGCCCUGAAGACCGCAACACCAAGGAGGCCGAGAACUGGCUGGAGCAGCUCACCCAGAACGCCGUCUCCAUCGCCAAGCACGCCAAGGACAUCCAGGCUCGUCGUCUGCGCCGCAUCACGAUGAACCCUCGUGUGUCCAGCAUGGGCACUCGCGUCCAGCCCCAGGUUGGCCAGGUCGCACCUGAAAUUGCCGCACCUACUGGAACCGCCGAUCCUUCCGGCCUUGACUCUCGCAGCAUCGACGAGCUUCUGAAGUUCAUCGAGGGUGGCGACACCGGCAGCUCUUCGCGCUCCAAGCAGAAGAAGCGUGCUGCCACCAGCAACCCCAAGCUUCGCGGCUCCAAGCAGUCCAACAAGGCAUAA